GGCUUCUUCUGCGCUGAGCGCCACUGUUCUGGUGCUACUUUGAAUAGGCGUUUGGCGUCUGUUGAGUCUGUUGUGUAGACUGUUGGGUCGGUUCUUGCUUUGUCACUGCAUGCCCUUCUGACCUCGAAAGCUCCCCUUCUCGCCCCCGCCCCCCCGCGCCAUGUCCGAUCCCAUCUCGGUGCUCUUCGUCUGUCUGGGCAACAUCUGCCGGUCGACCAUGGCCGAGGGUGUGUUCCAGUCUCUAGCGAGGAAGCCGCCCUACGAAGGCCUCAUUGCAAAGAUUGACUCGUGCGGAACGGGCGCAUACCACCUUGGCGAAGAACCGGACGAUCGAACAAUGUCGACACUCCAGAGCCACGGAAUUACGGACUACCUACACUAUGCUCGGAAGGUCGACCCAUCCGACUUCGACAAGUUCGACUACAUCUUCGCCAUGGACCGGAGCAACCUCGAAGAUCUCAAGCGUAUCCAGCGGCGCAAACCGAACAGUAAGGCGAAGGUCAUGCUCUUCGGCGAGUACUCGGGCACGAGCAAAGCGGAAGUCAUCAGCGAUCCGUACUACGGCGGCAGACAAGGCUUCGAGAAGGCGUAUGAGCAGGCGACCCGGUUCUCGAUAAACUUCCUAAAGGACGUGUUCCCGGAUGUGAAGCCCCCUGCGCUCUGACUUAAGCAGCGCAGGUGUUUUGGCUUCAAGGAGGUGCCGGAAACCCGGAAGCCAACGGCGCCUUGCUGGAAGUGUCCAUGAGGUUGCCCCUCCAACACUGCUCCUCGGGCCCGUCCCAUACUCUACCCAUAUGUUCGGCUUCCGACGGUCGCAAGAGUUGAUAUCGCAGCUACUAAGGGAAAAUAUGCGCCCCAAGAGCUGCAUACGAUGUGAGACGCUGUACCGCUGCGACAGUCCCCGGAGAAUGCUUGGUUCUUGAGCGAGUGCAGCGCGCACAGAUCCAAGAGACCUCUCAUGCUCGGAUGUAUUUGUCAUGUUCUCCUCGCUGCUGACCCCGGAUUUCAAUGGGUGGCUUUCACUUCACUCAAGGGGGAUAGGCUGAGGGACUCCGAUGGACACGCUGGCGUCGACUGUUGCGACCAGAAGCUCAUGUGGAAUCAGCACGCAAGGGCUUGAAAGGUUCCAGCGGAUGAUCUGGGCAUGUAGAUAAGACCGACGUCGCUAUGUACAGAGCAACCCUGAGGAGCCUAGGCACGAUACCUGGGUAACUGCCCGGGUAGCUUGGAGAGGUUAUAUAACCUGCACCUGCGGUGCC